CUGACAGACUUAUCACGUGGGGGCAUUUUACACGUUGGCUUGGGCGCGCCCACCGUACUGUAGUCGGCAUUUGGCGAGUGGAUAAACCCUAUGGACGGCCACAUGGUUCCAUGUGUCCACCAAAUCCAAGAGACGGUGGACUUUGGGAGGAGGAUAUGUGGGUCGCGCGCGUCCUUCCUUCCUCGCCCCUCGCGGGCUCGCCUUGCCGUGCGCGUCUCGCGCGAGCGAAUCAGCCGCCUCCACUUGGCUUAGCUAGCUAGUCCAGUACUCGUGCCCCCACUCCGGCCCAACGCCACCGCAACACCUGUCCCACCCUCCCCGCCUAUAAAUCCCCGGCGCCGGCCGCGUCCCCCGGACAACGCCGCAUCAUUGUGUCCGGCUCCGGCUCCCGGGACACGACACAGCGCACGCCCAGAGCGCGCUACUACUUGCUUUCGAGAGGGUUGCGUGCGGCUUUGCAUGAGGAGGAGGAGGAUGGGGGCACUGCACGUCGGCGAGCCGCGGGUCAGCUUCCAGCAGCAGCAGCAGCAGCAGGUCGGCAAGAACGGGCAGCAAGGGCAUGGCCAUGGCGCCGUGGUGGAGGAGAUACACGGGCUCAUCAAGGUUUACAGGGACGGGUUCGUGGAGCGCAUCCCGGCGAUCCCCGACGUGCCGUGCACGUGGGGCACGACGGCGUCGGUGCCGGGCGUCGUCAUCGCGCGCGACGCUGUGGUCGACCGUGCCACGAGGGUGUGGGCGCGGCUGUACGCGCCUGCGGCGGCGGCGGCGGCGGGGAGGGUGCCCGUGGUGGUGUACUUCCACGGCGGCGGGUUCUGCGUCGGCUCCGCGGCGUGGAGCUGCUACCACGAGUUCCUCGCCAAGCUGGCCGCGCGGGCGGGGUGCGCCGUGAUGUCGGUCGACUACCGCCUCGCGCCGGAGAACCGCCUCCCCGCGGCGUUCGACGACGGGGUCACGGCGGUGCGGUGGCUGCGGCAGCAGGCGGCGAUCUCCAGCGCGGCCGACGAGCUCUCCUGGUGGCGCGGCCGCUGCCGCUUCGACCGCGUAUUCCUCGCGGGGGACAGCGCGGGCGCCACCAUCGCCUUCCACGUCGCCGCGCGGCUCGGGCACGGCCAGCUCGGCGCCCUGACCCCGCUCGACGUCAAGGGCGCCAUCCUGAUCCAGCCCUUCUUUGGCGGCGAGACCCGCACCGCCUCCGAGAAGACGAUGCCCCAGCCACCAGGCUCGGCGCUGACGCUCUCGACCUCGGACACCUACUGGCGCAUGUCGCUCCCCGCCGGCGCCACACGCGACCACCCGUGGUGCAACCCCGUCACCGGGCGUGGCGCGCCGCGGCUCGACUCCCUGCCGCUCCCGGACUUCCUCGUGUGCAUCUCCGAGCAGGACAUCCUCCGCGACCGCAACCUGGAGCUCUGCAGCGCGCUGCGCAGGGCCGACCAUAGCGUGGAGCAGGCCACGUACGGCGGCGUCGGGCACGCGUUCCAGGUGCUCAACAACUACCACCUCUCGCAGCCGCGGACGCAGGAGAUGCUCGCCCACAUCAAGGCUUUCGUCAGAGCCAGAUAGCCCCAGCCAGUGGCUAAGCUUAGCUGACACUCGCCGUGUCACGCUAAUUAAUCCAUCCUAAUCCAUCCAACCAUCCAACCAGUUUCUGCUGCAGCAGAUGAUGAGUAGGUGUCGUGUAAGCUGUAAAUUAAUUACUUUUGUAGUACGUGUCACUCAAGACAAGCGUUGUCCAUCCCAAUACCCAACUUGGAUCGUCGUAGCGGUGUCGGAAAGCAAAAGCGUAGCACAUAAAAACGACACUGCCGCUAUGCCACGAUGUUGUUGCUCCGUGUAUCAUUCAUGUUCAUCAAUAUACUUAAAAAGCAAGUUGUGGAUACUGUUUUCAAA